AUGAGCUUUCGACUUUUAACUUUGCAGAAUCCUACAGGAAGUGUUUCAUGUCAUCACAAGUUUAUACCCAGUUUCCAAGUUCGAAAAACGAAACAAGAUGAACACUGCUCACAGUUAGAACACAGUGCUUAUCAGAGUAGACAUUGUCCUUAUCUUGACACCAUAGACAGGCAUGUUCUUGAUUUUGAUUUUGAGAAGCUGUGUUCUGUGUCAUUAUCUCACAUCAAUGUGUAUGCCUGCUUGGUGUGUGGAAAGUAUUUUCAAGGCCGUGGACGGCGCUCUCAUGCUUACACACAUAGUGUACAAGUUGAUCAUCACGUUUUUCUUAAUCUCCAUACACUCAAGUUUUACUGUUUACCUGAUAACUAUGAAGUUAUUGACUCUUCUUUAGAUGACAUAAAGUAUGUCUUAAACCCAACGUUCACCAAAAAUGACAUUACGCUGUUGGAUAAAUCAGCAAAGCUGUCCAGGGCGUUUGAUGGCACUACUUAUCUACCUGGAAUUGUUGGAUUGAAUAACAUCAAAGCAAAUGAUUACCUGAAUGUAGUAUUACAGGCAUUGGCAUUUGUUCCACCAAUUCGGGAUUUUUUCCUUCGAGAAGAAAACUAUCAAAGCAUCAAGCGUCCUCCUGGAGAUAUCAUGUUUCCCCUAGUAAACAGGUUUGGAGAGCUAAUAAGAAAAAUUUGGAAUCCACGUAACUUUAAAGCCCAUGUCAGCCCUCAUGAGAUGUUGCAGGCUGUGGUGCUUUGUAGCAAAAAGAGAUUCCAGUUUACUGAACAAGGUGAUCCAGUGGAGUUUUUAUCAUGGUUUCUUAACUCUCUGCAUACAACUCUUGGUGGAACAAAGAAGGCAACAAGCAGUGUUAUUUACAAAACUUUUCGAGGCAAGAUGAAGGUGACAUCUCGAAAACUUCCCCAGACUGAGAAUGAGGAAGAAAUUAAGAAGGUUGUGGAUGAAGAAGAAUAUAAAGAAAAAACAACUGAUUCACCCUACAUGUACUUGAUGUUGGAUAUUCCGCCAUCACCACUUUACAAGGAUGAAUAUCAGCAGAACAUCAUUCCACAGGUGCCAUUGUUCCAGCUUUUAAGUAAAUUUGAUGGCAAAUCAGAAAAGGAAUAUAAAACAUACAAGGAAACAUUUGUCAAGAAGUUUGAACUCACAAAGUUACCAACCUAUCUGAUCAUGUGUGUUAAGAGAUUUACAAAGAACAUGUUCUUUGUGGAGAAGAAUCCCACUGUUGUGAACUUUCCAGUCAAGGGGGUGGACAUGGCAGAGUUCCUAGUUUCAGACCCAAGUGUACAAGAUGCUCAUCCCCAUACUCAAUAUGAUCUGAUUGCAAAUGUUUGUCAUGAAGGAGAGCCAAGCAAAGGAGCUGGAACUUUCAAAGUUCACAUCCUACACAAAGGUGCAAACAAGUGGUUUGAGCUUCAAGAUCUUCAUGUUAAAGAGAUUUUGCCUCCAGUGAUAACUCUCUCUGAUUCAUAUAUACAGAUUUAUGAGUUACAAAAGGAUAAAGCAGCGAUGGAUACUGUUUAGUCAGAAAGAGAAGAAAAAAGUGGAAAGGGAUUAGGUCCCAUGAGUGUGAACCUGAAAUAAAAGUUACAACUUUACUGCUGUGGCUAUGAAAUUUCAAGACACUUUUCAGCUGAGGGAAACCAACUCAGUUCAAUACAACUGAUGAAAAGUCCAAAUAAAGUUAACUGGCAAAUCCAGACUUACCAUUAAGCUUCCUUUUGGUCUCUAUAGUGUUCUCCUAAAAGAGCCAGAAUGGUGUGGCAAUACUCUGUUUAUUUUCACAUUUAGCCUCAAAAAGAGCCUUUUCUUGUUGUUCAGUUAUAAGCGCAUUGUACAUAGGUUGUAUUUUUAUGGAAUAGAAACUUUUAAUGAGUAGUCUUUUUUUUUAUGGCACCUACUAUUGGUGAGACUUGAGUUUGUUAUACUCAUCUGUAAUUCCAUUUCAAUACAUGCAAUAAAAAGAGCUAAAUCAUUCAUUGAAA